UGUGUGAGCUAGGAGCCGGGGGCGGGGCGUGAUAUGGAAAUCUUCUUCUAGGUGUUGUGGUAACUCAGGAGUCCGGUGAAGACGGUAACGGAACCCUGAAGCCCAGAGAACCGGAGCCAUGAGGGCCGUGCCCACCUGGGUGGAUAAAGUCCAUGACAGGGACAAGGUGGAGCAGUGCAUUUAUGACCUCGCCUUUAAACCUGAUGGGACUCAGCUGAUUGUGGCCGCAGGGAACAAAGUGCUGGUCUAUGACACAUCAGACGGGACUUUGCUGCAGCCAUUGAAGGGACACAAGGACACGGUGUACUGUGUGGCGUACGCUAAAGAUGGAAAGCGAUUUGCUUCGGGAUCUGCUGAUAAAAGUGUCAUCAUAUGGACGUCCAAACUGGAAGGAAUAUUGAAGUAUACGCACAAUGAUUCCAUCCAGUGUGUGUCUUACAACCCGAUGACCCACCAGCUGGCGUCCUGCUCCUCCAGUGAUUUCGGUCUUUGGUCUCCAGAGCAGAAGUCGGUUUCCAAACACAAAGUGAGCAGUAAGAUCACCUGCUGCAGCUGGACAAAUGACGGACAGUACCUCGCCCUGGGCAUGUUCAAUGGAGUCGUAAGCAUCAGGAACAAGAAUGGUGAGGAGAAAGUGAAAAUUGAGCGACCUGGAGGAUCUCUGUCACCAAUCUGGUCCAUGUGCUGGAAUCCUUCAAGUAAGUUCUACUGUUGGGACCUGGAUAAAGCGGAUUGUGUAUCCUUAGGCUGCGUUCUAUUCAUAGUGUUGGGUGAGGUUCCAGUACAUCUCAAUGAUCCAAGCGUUUCCUCUUACUCCAGGGACGAGCACAAUGACAUCUUGGCUGUGGCGGACUGGGGACAGAAGUUAUCCUUUUACCAGCUAAGCGGAAAGCAGGUUGGGAAGGACAGAUCCCUGGGCUGUGAUCCCUGCUGUGUCAGCUACUUCUCUAAAGGUGAAUAUAUCAUCCUGAGCGGCUCUGACAGACAGGUGUCUCUCUUCACAAAGGACGGGGUACGGCUGGGCACUAUUGGGGAGCAGAACUCCUGGGUGUGGACGUGCAAAGUCAAACCUGAUUCCAACUAUGUGGUCGUUGGGUGUCAGGAUGGGACUCUUUCUUUCUACCAGCUGAUUUUCAGCACCGUGCAUGGACUCUACAAGGACAGAUAUGCCUUCAGGGACUGCAUGACCGAUGUUAUAGUCCAGCAUCUCAUCACUGAGCAGAAAGUGAGGAUUAAGUGCCGGGAGCUGGUGAAGAAGAUUGCCAUCUAUAAGAACAGGCUGGCCAUUCAGAUGCCCGAGAAGAUCUUGAUUUAUGAGCUCUAUUCUGAAGAUGCCGCUGACAUGCACUACCGGGUCAAAGAAAAAAUUAUCAAAAAGUUUGAAUGUAAUUUGCUUGUGGUUUGCUCGCAGCAUGUUAUCCUGUGCCAGGAGAAGCGUUUGCAGUGCUUGUCCUUCAAAGGUGUGAAGGAGAGAGAGUGGAUGAUGGAGUCUUUAAUUCGGUACAUAAAGGUGAUUGGAGGCCCUCCAGGAAGAGAAGGCUUGUUAGUGGGACUGAAAAAUGGACAGAUCCUGAAGAUCUUUGUGGACAACCUAUUUGCCAUCACCUUACUGAAGCAAUCGACGUCCGUCCGCUGCUUGGACAUGAGCGCCACCCGCAACAAGCUCGCCGUGGUGGAUGAGAACAACACGUGUCUGGUGUAUGACAUCACAACCAAGGAGCUGCUGUUUCAGGAGCCCAACGCAAACAGUGUAGCCUGGAACACCCAGUGCGAGGACAUGUUGUGUUUUUCUGGAGGAGGAUACCUCAACAUUAAAGCCAAUAACUUCCCUGUCCACCAGCAGAAGCUUCAGGGGUUUGUGGUGGGGUACAAUGGCUCCAAAAUCUUCUGUCUACACGUCUACUCCAUGUCUUCUGUUGACGUCCCACAGUCUACUCCAAUGUAUCAGUACCUGGAGAGGAAGAUGUUCCGUGAGGCCUAUCAGAUUGCCUGCCUAGGGGUCACCGAUCUGGACUGGAGGGAGUUGGCCAUGGAAGCUUUGGAAGGCCUUGAUUUUGAGACUGCGAAGAAGGCAUUUAUACGCAUAAGAGAUCUUCGCUACCUGGAACUCAUCAAUAGUAUUGAGGAAAGGAAAAAGCGAGGAGAUUCCAACGACGACUUAUUUUUGGCAGAUGUGCACGCCUAUGAGGGCAAGUUCCACGAGGCCGCCAAACUGUACAAGAGAGGAGGACAGGAGAGCCGAGCCCUCAACAUGUACACUGACCUGCGCAUGUUUGACUACGCCAAGGAUUUCUUGGGAUCUGGGGACCCAAAAGAGACUAAGACUCUAAUCACGAAGCAGGCGGACUGGGCCCGGAAUAUCCGCGAACCAAAAGCGGCAGCGGAGAUGUAUCUGUCAGCCGGAGAGCACAUGAAAGCCAUAGAGCUGAGCGGGGACCACGGCUGGGUGGAGAUGUUGAUCGAUAUAGCGAGGAAGCUGGACAAAGCCGAGAGAGAGCCGCUGUCACGGUGCGCUUACUAUUUCAAAAAGCUGCAGCAUCAUGGCUAUGCGGCCGAGACGUACAUGAAGAUUGGGGAUCUGAAGGCGCUGGUCCUGCUGCAUGUGGAGACGCAGCACUGGGAGGAGGCAUUUGCUUUAGUAGAGAAAUAUCCAGAAUAUAAGGAUGAGGUCUACGUUCCAUACGCGCGGUGGCUGGCAGAAAAUGACCGGUUUGAGGAAGCGCAGAAAGCCUUCCACAAAGCUGGUCGCCAGGAUGAAGCUGUCAGGGUACUGGAGCAGCUUACCCACAAUGCCGUAGUGGAGAGCAGAUUUAACGACGCAUCGUAUUAUUACUGGAUGCUGUCUAUGCAGUGCCUCGAUAUUGCACAAGAUAAUGAGGAGAAGCAGGAUGCCAUGCUGCACAAGUUUCACUAUUUCCAGCAUCUGGCCGAACUUUAUCAUGUCUACCACUCCAUCCAGAGAUACACCGAUGAACCAUUCAGUUCUCACUUACCAGAAACCUUGUUCAAUAUCGCCAGGUUCCUGCUGCACAGUCUGACCAAAGAAAGUCCUCUGGGCAUAUCCAAGGUAAACACUUUGUACACAUUGGCCAAACAGAGCAAGGCCCUGGGCGCUUAUAAACUUGCCCGGCAUGUGUAUGAGAGACUCCAAGGCCUCCGAAUUCCCAGCAAAUUCCAGGAGCCCAUUGAGCUGGGAAUUCUCACUAUCCGUUCCAAGCCGUUCCAUGACAGUGAGGAGCUCGUCCCCAUGUGUUACCGAUGCUCAACCAACAAUCCUUUCCUGAACAACCUGGGGAACGUCUGCAUCAACUGCAGGCAGAGGUUUAUCUUCUCUGCAUCCUCCUAUGAAGUGCUGCCUCUGGUGGAAUUUUACCUGGAAGAAGGGAUCUCAGAUGAAGAGGCCACGUCCCUCAUUGACCUGGAAGCCCCAAGAAGUCAACCCAGUAAAGACAGGUGGCAGGAGAUGUCCUCGGCGGAGGCGCAGACUCUGCGGCUGGACGAGGACGAACCGAUCCUGGACGACGACCCCUUCACAGCAAAACUAAGUUUCGAGCAAGGCGGCUCAGAGUUCAUCCCUGUGAUAGUGAACCGCGCCGUGCUGAGGUCCAUGAGCCGGCGGGACGUCAUGGUGAAGCGUUGGCCGAGGCCCUUGAAAUGGCAGUAUUACCGCUCCCUGCUCCCCGAUGUCUCCAUCACCAUGUGCCUGUCCUGUUUCCAGAUGUUCCACACAGAAGACUAUGAACUUCUCGUCCUUCAGCACAACUGUUGCCCAUACUGCCGGAAACCCAUCGAAGAGACCACCCAGUGAUGAGGGCAAGAGUGCCCCCCGGCCCCUACCACCAGCGCCGUACAGCAGAGCUGAAUAUGUUACUUAAUAUUCUAUAUAAAUUAUUAAAUCAUUUCUA